CCCACACACACUUGCCCUCAGCACUUCUGACCUCGCCAGGAAGGACCUCUGAUCCCCGCGCAUGCGCAUAAGAUCACACCUAACUUUUUUCCACGCCACUUUCGUGUUUACUUUCCCGUCUUUUUCACCCGCUGAAUGUUUCCAACCGACCUUGCCUCGUCAAAUGGGGGGCGGCCACCCGUACCUCGCGGUCCUCGCGGCCGUGUCCACGCUCCUCUUCCCCCCGUGGUGUCUGAACGGGAGCUCGGAGGAGGAGACGCGGACGACCCAGUUUAACGGCUCCGCGGCGGCUUUCGACUCUUUCAGAGCGCACUUCCGCCGCGUGUACGCCGCCGACGGCGAGGAGUUCAACCGCCGCCAUCUGCAUUUCCAGGAUGCUACAAAGCGGCACGCGUACCUGAACUCUUUCUCCACGCUACCGCAGUCUGCCGAAUAUGGCGUCAACCAGUUCUCUGACCUCUCUCAGGAUGAAUUCAGAGAGCUCUACCUGGGAGCGAGCGCAGGCGGAGCCCCGCCCUUCUCGGGCCGGAAGACAGGGGGGCACCCAGACAAAUUUGAUUGGAGGGACAAAGCUGUGGUGGCACCGGUCCAGAACCAAGAAGCGUGUGGGAGUUGCUGGGCGUUCAGCGUGGUCGGUGCCACGCAGUCCGUGCGUGCCAUCGGAGGCGGGCGGCUGCAGCAGCUCAGUGUGCAGCAGGUCCUGGACUGCUCCUUCCGGAACGACGGCUGCAGCGGAGGCUCCGCCUUCCAGGCCCUGAGUUGGUUGAAGCAAACCCGAGUGAAAUUGGUGCCUCAGUCCGAGUAUCCCUACAAGGCCAAGACCGGGAUCUGCCAUUUCUUCCCUCAGUCCCAAUACGGUGUCGCCGUGAGGAACUUCACUUCGCAUGACUUCAGUGGCCAAGAGGAGGCGAUGAUGAGUCACCUGGUGGAGCACGGCCCCUUGGCUGUUGACGUGGAUGCUGUCAGCUGGCAGGAUUACCUGGGUGGAAUCAUCCAGCACCACUGCUCCAGCAAAUGGGCCAACCACGCCGUCCUGGUGGUCGGAUACAACGCCGUUGGGGAUAUUCCAUACUGGAUUGUGCAGAACUCGUGGGGAGCUUCUUGGGGGAAGGAGGGCUAUGUGUACAUAAAAAUAGGUGGCAACCUUUGUGGUAAGUAUGAUCUCUUGCCUCUUGUCGUCUUCUGUUAAUCUCCUUUUUACGAUGUGGUCUCCUUUCUACCGUCCCCACCGCAGGGGAUUUAUUCAAUUCAAUUCAGUUUGUUUUGUACAGCCCAAUAUCACAAAUUACUAAUUUUCCUUAGAGGGCUUUCAAAUCUGUACACAUGAUAUCCCUGACCUUUGACCUCACAUCAGAUCAGGAAAAACUCCAAAGAAAUAGAAAAAACCCUUUUAUGGAGAAAAAAGGGAAGACACCUUCAGGAGAGCAACAGAGGAGGAUCCCUCUCCAGGAUGGACGGAUGAAUAGAUGUCAUGUGACCAGAAGGAAUCAUUACAGAGUUACAACACAUUCAAUGAGUUUGACAGUGUAUAAAUAGUUGGUAGUCGGCAUGGACCACGAUCCAGACCUCCAUGAUCCAUCAGGCAGAUGGAGGCAGAGAGGAGUGGGCGGGGCAUCAGCGGCCAUAGCAUCAGACCCAGCCAGGUCCAAUGGACCCCAUGAGACGUGAAGUCACAAAGACUCCGGGGAGAAAGCAGAGUUAGUAAUGUGUGAUGGAGAUAGAAAUUCAUCCUUAAAUCGAGAGAGAAGAGGAGAGAGGUGCUCAGUGUAUCCUAAACGUCCCCCAGCAGCCUAUCAGCCUAUAGCAGCAUCUCUAGAGGCUGGACCAGGUGAACCUGAUUCAGCCCUAAAUAUAAGACAAUAAAGAGGAAAGUCUUAAUUCUACAUCCUUUGGUUUUCUCUUCACAGGUAUCGCCGACUCUGUAGCAGCAGUUUUCCUUUGACAAUAUUGUGUCAAUCUCUGCCAUGUGUGUGUGUGUGUGUGUGUUUGUGUGUUUACCGCUGCCAAAAUCAAAUCAGUCAUCCGUUUGUUUUCAAAUGUCACUUUUAAAUCAUGUUUUUUUUAUUGAAAUGUCACCACGUUACAUCACCAAAACAAAAUAAAUGACUUUGACUGCUGAUAAACGUUGGCUCACACCUGAGGACAGCUGACACAACGAUGCAGAACAAUAGUAAUACAAUAAUUGCACAGUACAAAAAUAGUUGGAUCCAUGUUUUGGGUGAUCUGCUGCAUGCAGAGAUCAACCACUGCAUACAUUCACAACAACAUGAAUAAAACCCAACAUAGCAUACGAUACAAAACACAUUAUUAAUAUUAUGUACACACUAUUUAGUUUGUGUUUUACAUUUACAGCCUGCAAAUAGUUUUAGUUUAGAUGUUGGCAUUGAUGGAUGAUGCAGAGGUUUAUUAUAGUUUCAUGUACACUCGUAUUAAUAGUGUGAAAUGGCUCCCUCUCUGACUCGUCCUCCAUGCUGACAUGAAACAUAAUGCGUUUGUUAAAACCCAUCACAGCCACCGGUUUGAUCGCUGCUCUCACUGAUCCAUUUGCUUUCAGGUCAGUCGCAGUAAAUUUACAUAAUUGUGUUGAGAAAACAUCGCGGGCACAUUUUCAUCAUGGAGCCAUCUGCUAAACUUGUCACCGGAUUAGAGAUUAGA